AUGAGCCAUUUUGUGACACUUCAGGUUCUUGAUGUCAAACUUCAGACAACAGAAAUGGAGACCCUGGAUCUGCUGAGGAACUGUUUGGUGUGCAGAUGGGACCUGCAGAGGAGAAACCCCAGAAUGCUACCUUGUCUUCAUUCCUUCUGUAAGGACUGUCUUCCAUAUUUGAUUCAAGGAUAUAGCUAUGUUCCCGCUGAGUAUGAAGUUAUGUAUGAAGGUAUCCUUUCCUGCCCUGUGUGCAAACAGACCUGCUUUGCAAAAGAUGUAGUUGAAAAUUUUUUUCUCAAGGACGUUCCCACUAGAAAUUCAGCUAUGGCAAAGAGUUGCUCCACGUGUAAAGAGAAGAGACCUGCUCACAGUCUCUGUACAAGCUGCAAUAAGUGGCUGUGCAGUUCAUGUACAGAGGAACACAGACAUAGCAAGGAAAGUGGAGACUGCUUCCUGCCUGUGUCCAUGAAGGGCUGUUCAGCAACUGAAGAUGAAACGAGUGAGUUUUCCUUAUUUUGUCCAAUGCAUACUCAAGAGCCGCUCAAGCUAUUCUGUGAGACCUGUGAUACCCUUACGUGUCGCAGCUGCCUUCUGACAGAGCAUAAUGAACACAGGUUCAGACACCUUGACGACGCUCUGCAAAAUCAGAGAGUUAUACUGGAGAAUGUCAUAGCUAAAGUGGAAGAGAAAAAAAAUGGUAUUCAGGUUUCAACAAAACAAAUUGAAGACAGGUUACUUGAAGUAAAACACUUAUACAAAAAAGUUGAGAAUCAAAUCAAAAUGGCCAAGAUGGUUUUGAUGAAUGAAAUCAAUAAACGGACAAACAUCCUUCUUGAACAACUUGAAAGAAUCACCAGUGAAAGGAAGCAGAAAUUGGAACAACAGCUGCAAGGUGUUGCGGUUUUAAGUAGACAGGUUGAACAUGUGCAGAACUUCAUCAGCUGGGCAGUAUGCAGUAAAAACAGCAUCCCAUUUCUCUUCAGUAAAGAGUUGAUUGUAUUUCAGAUACAGCGCUUAUUAGAGACAAACUGUAACACAGAUAUUGACCCUCCCCUGAAGUUCAGAUUUACUUGGGAUCCCUCCUAUUGGACUAAACAACUGUCCAAUUUAGGAGGUUUCACUAUGGAAGGUGGACACAUUUCUCAUUCAGAUGUGCUACAGUGUGGAAAUGUGCAAGGGUUACACACCCAUGAUACCACAAGGUAUCAUGGGCACCAUUCACCAGCAUCACAGCUAGAGCCUGCGAAUAGCCAGCCACAUCAGUUGCCACCUCCAGUUCAGUGUCCUACACCUGUGUGUUGCUCACAUUGCCUCAGUGUACCUCACCUGAACAAAGCUCAGCCUUCUCACCAAAACAUGAACCAUCAUCAGAAUUUUCGACAGCCUCCUGAGCCUCAUAAGCAGCAUUUUCCAUUGCAGUACAACAUACAGCAACAUGAGAAAGAGCAAAGGGGCACCCCCCAGCCUCUGAAACUAACACAGUCUGAACUGGAGCAGCAAUCUCUGUCAGAGCCAGAGAGUGUGUCUGGGAGGACUGGAAAGCAUUUACUAGCCCAGCAGCUGCAGCAGACUGCAUCUCCUGGUUAUGCUGUUGCAUUGCAUGAGGCUCAGCAAGUUUACACAAGCCAUCAGCAGCCACUGUGCACACAGGCUCCUUUGCAGACUCCAACUGUGCAAGUGCAACUUGGCCAUCUCCAGAAGAUAAAGCCUAACCACUUGCAGCAACCACAGCAGCAGCCGUCAGCAUCACCUCCACCAGGUCAGAAUGAGAAUACCCACAAACAAGUCAUCCAACAGAGUCUCGACAUAAUGCACCAUCAGUUUGAACUGGAAGAGAUGAAAAAGGAUCUGGAGCGUCUUCUUCAGGCUCAAGGACAGCCCAGCUUGCAGCUGAACCAAGCUAAACCGUCUCAGCAUGUUCAACAGACCAUAGUUGGUCAGAUAAACUAUAUAGUGAGGCAGCCAGCUUCUCUUCAGCAGCAAACCCAAGGUGAAGUACAGAUCUGUGAGAGUUCUACUGAACUAGAUGCCCAGAAGCCUGUAAUUCCUCUUGACAGAAGUGAUAAUCCCUCCCUGUCACAGGCAUUGGAUGAAGGAACCAACAUCAGCAGUCACUCUGAGAGCACAUUGCAACAGUCAGCUUUCCAUCCAGUGAGGAAGCAUUCAUCUUCGUUAAACGUUGUGGACUUUUCAGACAGUUUAGAAAUGGAAUUACCUUCAACAAGGUUAUCUAGGUCAGCUGAUCCACAGAUGCAAGGUGCAGCAGCUGUAACACGCAGCCCGUCCCAGAACACUCUUCGUGACUGUAAUACACCAGCAGUCUCGGUGCCCAGCUACAGCUUGGCCUUGGGCCGAGCUCCAGGUGACUUGAGCCCUAGGGCAACUGCCAGCCUUGUACCAGGUGAUAAACUCCAGGCCAAUGCUAAGUGCAAGCUGGAAAAUGAAGAUUUCCAUACUGUGAAUCAUCCUGUAGAAGACAACUUGGCUACAGCUGGGCAAGAUGUAAACGAAUUCACUCUUUCUAUGGAAAAAGUGCUGGAAGAACCUAUCAAUCUUUCACUCAAAAAAUCUCAGCAUUGUGCUUCUCCUUCUGAACUGCUCAGCAAUACUACUUUCCUGCCACUGAAUGCCAGAAUGAGACAACUUAGGAAUCAAGAAGAUUCCAAUAACUGUGAAAAGGAACGUUUUGAAAUGGGUAUGAAAAGCAAUCAGAAUGUCAGAGCUGACACUAAGGAGCUGAAGAUCCCCUAUGUGCGACUUGAACGCCUGAAGAUGUGUGUGUCAGAAUCGGGGGAUCUCCCAGUGUUUAAGCUGCAGCCACAGGAGAGUGAGCAGGAGGGCGCUUUCCUCCUGGUAAUUGAAUGUGGGUCCCAGUCUUCAAGUAUGGCUAUAAAAAUAAAUAAAGACAGUCCAUCUGAAGGACCAAAAUCCAAAGAGGACUCAGAGGACAGAGAAGUUCCCCUUACCCAGGCUGCAGGACACAUACUAUCUCCUCCAGAAGAUACUCUGUCCGUUGAUCAGAAGCUUAGCAAUGGCAUCUCCCUCAUGAAGAAAUCUCAAGUUACUCAGGAAAUCAAUCCAAUUGAAAAUGAGGAUUUCUGCGCUGUGUGUCUUAAUGGAGGAGAACUGUUGUGCUGUGAUCACUGCCCCAAGGUGUUCCAUCUCUCAUGCCAUGUUCCAGCCCUGCUCAGCUUUCCAGUAGGAGAAUGGGUUUGUACACUUUGCCGUAAUGCAGUGAAGCCAGAGGUAGAAUAUGACUGUGAAAAUACACGUUACAGCCACAGUUAUAAAGCACAGUAUGGCCUUGAUGACUAUGACCAGAAGAAGUGUGAAAAGUUGCUGCUUUCCCUAUUCUGCAGUAGCCUAAGCCUCCCAUUCCAUGAGCCAGUCAGCCCCCUGGCUCGGCAUUAUUAUCAGAUCAUAAAAAGGCCAAUGGAUUUGUCAAUCAUACGAAGAAAGCUGCAAAAAAAGGACAAAUCACAUUAUUUGACUCCUGAGGAACUUGUGACUGACGUGCGUCUCAUGUUUUGGAAUUGUGCAAAGUUCAAUUAUCCAGAUUCGGAGGUUGCUGAGGCUGGACGAUGCUUAGAUGUAUUCUUUGCAGGCAAACUGAAGGAGAUUUAUCCAGAUAGACAUUUUCCUUUGAUGCAACAAGAUGACUCUGAUUCUGAAGAUGUAGAGAGUCAGAAUAACAAAAUGCCCUCCAAAGACUUCCAGUGGCCGUCGCAUGGGCAGGAGUGUAUUCAGCCUAAAAGGAGACGGCGCCACAGGGAAGUGAAAAAAAAUAAAAGAACGAUGUUUCAGCCAGCUAACAGUCUUCCUCAGGUGUGA